AGACGAGGCACGCAAGUGUUACUUUGAUCGAAACGCUUUCAAGAGCAACACAUUUUGUAACCUUCUCAUCGCCAUGGCUACUCUACAAGCCUUCUCUGAGCCACCCUGGGUCAAUCAGCCCUCGCCCUUCUAUAAUGAAUCGCACCACCGCCUCCGCAAAUGGGCCAUAGCCUGGGCAGACAAGUACCUGGCCCCCGUAGCCGCCUCCUGGGAAGCUUCGGGCAAACGCGACGAAGCCGUCUUCGCCCAAGCAGGCAAGGAUGGCAUCCUCCUCGCCUUCGCCUUUGGCGCCAAGAUGGACGCAACUGCGGCUGCUGCAGCUGGAGUGAGCCCUCCGGCGGGCAUCAAGCCAGAGGAGUGGGACAACUUCCACGACUUUGUACUCAUCGACUCUCUGUGCACCGUAGGAAGUGGAUCGGCUUUCAUGUCUCUGCAUUCCGGGCUGGCAUACGGAGCCGGACCCAUCAUUCACUUUGGAUCGCCCGAGUUGAAGAAGAGACUUCUGCCUGACCUCUUGAAUGGCAAGCAGAGGAUCAGUCUGGCCAUCACUGAGCCAAACGCAGGGAGCGAUGUAGCCAAUGUGGGCGGGACGACAGCAGAGAAAAGCAAGGACGGUAAGCACUAUAUAGUGAGCGGGCUCAAGAAAUGGAUCACCAACGGCAUCUACUCCGACAGCUUCACUGUGCUAGCUCGCACAUCUGGCAAGGCGGGAGACCCCACUGGCCUUUCUUUCCUCGUCGUACCUCGAACAGAGGGAGUCUCGACGAAGCAGAUGGCCAUGGUGGGCGCUCAUGCUACCGGCACCACACUUGUAGAGAUGGACGAGGUGAAAGUACCAGUCGAGAAUUUGAUUGGCAAGGAGGGCGAUGGACUUAAGUACUGCUUCUACAAUUUCAACCACGAACGGCUGACGAUCGCCUUCAUUGCGCUGAGAUACUCUCGAGUGUGCCUAGAAGACGCCAUCGCGCACUGCCGCCGGCGUAUCGUCUUCGGCAAGCCCCUCCUCGAGCAGCCCGUCGUGCGCCACAAAUUUGCACACUGUGCCCGCGAAGUCGAGGCCCUCCAGUCCUGGUGUGAGACAUUGACUUACGAGCAGCAGCAACUCUCCACCCUCGAAGCCAAUGUUCGUACGGGUGGUCGGACAGCUCUCCUGAAGGCUCAUGCGGGAAUUGUACUAGAGAAGACGGUGAGGGAGUGCACGCAGCAGUUGGGUGGGAUGGGUAUCACCAAGGGCGGAGCGGGAGGAAGAAUUGAGAGGAUAUAUAGAGAAGUGCACAUGCUGACAAUCCCUGGAGGCGCUGAAAAUCUGCUGUUGGAUCUUGGUGUGAGAGAGGAGCUCAAGCUGGUGGCAAAGAGACAGGGCCAUAAGUUGUAGCUUGUAUUUGUCUACGCGUACCGAAGAAGUUCGGGCGUAUAUCUUAGUGGUAUCAAUUCCGCCUUUCUGAUGUACAGUAAAGAGUCCAUAUACGGUAUGUUCUUGUCGCAACGGUCCCUUCAAGUUUCCAUGGGGGAGCUUACAGACGUGGCUUUCGUCUGGCUUUGAUCCUUAUCAUCCUUGGCUUUGAAGUCCUUCUUUCCUAUCUCUUUCCCGAUCAUCGAAGUGUCUCCUCUUCUUCUCGCUUCCCUCCGCCGUCUCCUUUCCUCUAUCACUCUUUUCCGCCCC